AUGAUCAUGGAUAAUGACGUUGUGCUCGAAGACGCCAUGGGGGGAUAUUCCUCAGACUAUGGUUCUUUCUUGAAGAACUCGAAGAUGAGGUCAGAUUCUGACAGCGAACAAGAGAAGGCACUACAGUGUAAGUAUGUGAUACGUAAAGAUGACGACCCACUGGGCGAUGGCCACUUCAGUGUAGUCAAGGAGUGUAUGAACAUGCACACCAAGGACCUGUAUGCGAUGAAGCUAAUCGACAAGUCCAUCGUUCAGGACAAACUAAAGUUAAUCCAACGUGAGUUUGAGUUACUAAAGUAUAUAAGCGAGACUAUUCGUACACUAGAGUUAUCUUCGACAUCGUCCCUAAUGAACGCACAAAAUGGGAGCAACUGCUCCCAUUUCGAUGGCCAUCACCACAUUUUACAACUGUUUGAUUUCUUCGAAACUUCAAAGAAUAUCGUUCUAAUUACACAACUAUGCCAAAAGGAUGAUCUCUAUGAUACUAUUAUUAAAAACCAGAAAUUGGACUUAGAAACACAGGUUAAACCAUACACAGCGUGCUUAAUCAGUGCACUAGAAUUUUUGCACUCAAACGGUAUUGUUCAUAGAGACAUUAAGGCGGAAAAUGUAUUGUUUAGAUUAAAACAUCAGAUUAACCCUAACGAGACCGCAGAAAACGCAACUUAUGACUUGGCAGCUCAUGAUUUAAUCCUAGCAGAUUUUGGCUUAGCUACAAGAGUAAAUGUUGAGAGUACUACCACAUUAAGAGAAUACGUGGGCACUGUAUCUUAUAUCUCACCGGAAAUUGUGGCAUGUAAAGGUGUAAGCUCAAUAGACAAUACCAAGGAAAUUGAAAAGAUCCCUAAGUAUGGAACUCCAGUUGACAUAUGGGCAUUGGGUGUUCUAACUUACUUUAUGGCCUUGGGUUACACACCAUUUGAUUGUGAAACAGAUGAAGAGACUAUAGAUUGUAUCUCCAAGGUGGAUUAUUAUAUCGAUGAGGAUGAUGAGAAAAAUCCAAAAUAUUCAACAUUCUGGGAUUUUCUACAGCAAUGCUUUGAGAAGGAUCAGAAUAGCAGACCUACCGCUAAAGACUUAAAGACACAUCCUUUCAUAAAAGAUUACUUCAAGACAACUACACCAUCUGCAUCUUAUAGUUUUCUGGACAGGAGAAAGGCUUUGAAAAGAAAUCAUUCAACAAAUUCAUUCCAUAAUUUGAGAACCCCUCUAAGGAAGAAUUCAUCAGCAGCCUCUUCUAUAUCAUCAUCCUCUGCUGUAAUUCCUUCGCCACAUAUGUCGCUUUUGAGCGGAUCCAUGGCGACAUCUAAGUCUUCUCGGACUGAUCUUAGAACCUUGAAAAGAAGUGGUCAUUCCAGUCACUCAAAUUUGCAACAACUGUCAGGAUCAUCAAGAGAAAAGAGUCUGAAAAACAUUAAGGAUACUUUACAGAGAACAUUAUCAAUGACAUCCUUAAAGCCUAAUAGUUCUACGAAUCUUCUAGCUGCGACAACCUCUCCUUCGAAGCAGAAAUCAAUAAUAAAGAAGAAUUCAACAUUUGUUCUAGAUCCAAGACCACCGUUGGGGUCACUGAUGAAUGGUUGUUUUAGUACUACACCCGAAUCCAAAUCAAAUUUUAGCACACCUCAGGUGCUAUCAAGACAAAAUUCUGCAUCUAGUCUAAAUAACCAAACAAAAAGGGUAACAAGAGUGACUAGUGCUGGCAGUAGCUCAACUCAUACCAACGAAAGUGGUAUUAUUAUGAACGUUAAGCCCUCUAUUCUUCAUUCGACUAGUACACCUGAUGUUAGACCAGAAGAAAAGAAGCUAAUGAAUGUUGAUGACGAUGAUGAUGACGAUAAUGAUGAUGAUAUGGGUAUUGUUAUAUGA